AUGGCAACCAAUCGGGCAGAUACUUUGGAUCCCGCCCUCCUACGUCCAGGCCGUUUAGAUCGAAAAAUUGAAUUUCCCCUUCCGGAUCGUCGACAGAAGCGACUCAUCUUCACUACCAUUACCAGCAAAAUGAAUCUCAGUGACGAAGUGGACCUUGAGGACUACAUUGCUCGCCCUGACAAAAUAUCCGGCGCUGAUAUAAACGCGAUCUGCCAAGAAGCUGGCAUGCAGGCUGUCCGUGAAAACCGAUAUGUGGUGCUGUCCAAGGACUUUGAAAAGGGCUACAAAAAUAACAUCAAGAAGGGCGAUCAGGAGCUUGACUUCUACAAAUAA